GAGGGAGAGAGGGGGCGGAGUUGUGCAGAGAGUGUGAGAGAAACAGACGGCAGCUUUGUUCCACGUUAAACUAUUUCAAAUGUUCUAGCAGGUUAGAAUCUAAUUUAAAAACAUUCAAACUGGACAUAGUUGUUUUCAUAAAGACGUUGGAGAGGUUGCCAUGCUUGCAUACAUCAGUUAAAACAACAAGAGGACUCCGAAACCGACUUGAUUUUUCAAACUCCUGAAAGUGAAAGUAAAGUUUGGGGAAAAACAACGAGAGGGAGGCUUGCACUAGAUUUAUAUUUACUCUUGGAAAAUGGCUUCGAAGUUAGAGGAGGAUUUAUCCUGUCCUGUGUGCACUGACAUCUUCAAGGACCCAGUUAUUCUGUCAUGUAGUCACAGCUUCUGUAAAGUCUGUCUACAGCAGUUCUGGGAAACCAAAGGAUCCAGAGAAUGUCCAGUCUGCAGGAGGUCAUCAAAGGACGAGCCACCAACCAAUCUUGCAUUAAAAAACCUGUGUGAGACAUUUUCACAGGAGAAAGGUCAGAGAGGACCACUCUGUAGUCUCCAUGGCGACAAACUCAAGCUGUUUUGUCAUGAUGAUCAGCAGCUUGUGUGUUACUCGUGUCGAGACUCAAAACUUCACAGGAAUCACAACUUCAGUCCCAUUGAUGAAGCAGCAGUUGACCACAAGGAGGAACUCAAGGUCAAAGUGGAUCCCUUAAAGGAAAAGCUAAAGGCUUUUGAAAAAGUAAAACUCACCUAUGAUGAAACAGCAAAACACAUUAAGACUCAGGCCCAGCACACAGAGAAGAUGAUCAAGGAGGGGUUUGAGAAGCUUCACCAGUUUCUACGAGAUGAAGAGGCAGCCAGGAUAGCUGCACUGAGGGAGGAAGAGGAGCAGAAGAGUCAGAUGAUGAAGGAGAAGAUUGAGAAGAUGAGCAGAGAGAUCUCAUCUCUUUCAGACACAAUCAGAGCCAUAGAAGAGAAGGUUGGAGCUGAUGACAUCACAUUUCUACAAGAUUUUCCCCCCUUUAUAGAAACCUCCCAGUGCACACUGCAGGAUCCAGAGAGGGUUUCAGGAGCUCUGAUCAAUGUGGCAAAACACCUGGGCAACCUGAAGUUCAGAGUCUGGGAGAAGAUGCAGGAGACUGUCCAAUACACUCCUGUGACUCUGGAUCCCAACACUGCACACCCAGAUCUCAUCCUGUCUGAGGAUCUGACCAGUGUGAGACAGGGUGAGAGACAGCAGCUUCCUGAUAACCCAGAGAGAUUUGAUAAGUAUGCCUGUGUCCUGGGCUCUGAGGGCUUUAACUCAGGGACUCACUGCUGGGAUGUGGAGGUUGGAGAGAACACAGACUGGGAUGUGGGUGUGAUGACAGAGUCUCUCCAGAGGAAGGGAGACUUUACCUCCAUGAGUGGACUGUGGUGUGUGGGUUAUAGUGAUGGUGAAUAUAAAACACGUUCUACACCACAGCCCUCCACUCCCCUCACAGUGAAGCAGAAACUCCAGAGGAUCAGAGUGCAGCUGGACUGGGACAGAGGAGAGCUGUCAUUCUCUGACCCUGAUAAUAACACACAUCUACACACUCUCACACACACUUUCACUGAGAGAGUCUAUCCAUACUUUAGUACACUCUCUCCUCUGAGGAUCUUACCAGUGAGAACUUCAGUGAAAGUAGAGCAGCACAGCAAGAGAUGAUGUCACUUCCUUUUGCAUUCUGACUAAUUGGUUGUUUUGUUAGUUGCCUU